ACAGGAGAUACCAAGCAUCUGUACUAGAUGUAUGACAACCUCCACAAAAAUGUGUUUAUUUUGCAAAAUCUUUUCAUUUGAAAGUUAUUUAUUACAAUCUUGAGUUAGAGAAGCAUGUAUCCCUUGAGCAACAUAUCAAGCAGAAACCAAGUUAUUUCAUUUUUUUUGUCUCCAUUGACUUGCAUGCUCUCUGUAACACAGUAUUGACUUAUAGCUCUUCUGAGCUCAUUAUCUUAUUAGCAAAUUGCAUGCCAAUAUGGAAAAAUGGUUGUGCAUACUCUGCAUCGCCCCUUGUAGAGCCACAUCCUCCUCCCAUCAGUUGACUCCGUGGGACUCUCGUAGUUAUUUGUAGGCUCAUAAUUGUAUUAGUGAAGUUCGUUUCAUUCAUUUCAACCGCUGAGCCGAAACACCAAAUCCAACGUUCGGCAUUCGGUUCCGUUUGAAAAUUUUUGGCAUCUCCUCAAGCUUUUCCCUGUGGCGCGGGGUUUUCCACAUGGUCAGCAUUCUCUCUCAGAAGCAAAGAUGGCAGAAAAAAUCGAAGAGAAGUUCCAUUGUUGCAUUUCUCACGAGUUCUUCAGGGCAGCUUCGAAGAACCCCAAUAAAGUAGCAGUUAUACACGCCUAUGGUGGCGCUCGGAUUUUCAGGGAGUUACGCGAGAAGAUGGACGAGUCAGGUUUCUACCACGACCAGUCAGAUGAUUUCAUAGCUGGCCGUCGUGUAUCUUCGUAUCCUCCGGUGUAUGAAGGGGACGAGUGUUUCACUUUCUCCGAAAUUUUGGACGCAGUUGAUGACCUCAGCUCCCGUCUCCGCCACAUAUUGGAUGGCGGUGACGAUCCGAACUUGAUUAGACCAAAAGACUAUGUUCAUCAAGAGGACACAAAAGAUGGAAAAACUUGGGAGUUGUCAGGAAAGGUCAACCUUAUUGAGAACCCAGCGAGGAUUCAAAAUGUGAAUAGUAGCACAAAAAUAUUUGGAAUAUGCAUGGUGCCAUCUGUUGAAUACAUUAUUACUGUUUUCUCAGUUCUGAGAUGUGGUGAAGCAUUCUUGCCCUUAGAUCCUUCAUGGCCAAAAGAUAGAUUACUAUCCAUAAUUUCUUCUUCAAAGGUUGCGCUUAUUAUCAGUUCUGGAUCUUCUCAUUAUACAUGCAAUCAUCACCACCUUAACUUGUCUAAUUGGCUAGUAGAUCAGAAUUAUUGCUCUGUGCUAAACAUAUCUAUGAAGGCAAAUCUUAAAGGGAAAUUUGGACAGUGCAAUUUGGGUUGGCCUUGUGAGUGCAGAACCAUGAAAACAUUCUGUUAUUUAAUAUACACAUCCGGAUCGACUGGAAAACCUAAGGGUGUAUGUGGUACCGAGCAGGGUCUCUUGAACCGCUUUUUAUGGAUGCAAGAAUUGUUUCCCUUACUUGGUGGUGAAGUUUUACUGUUCAAGACUUCAGUCAGUUUUAUUGACCAUAUACAAGAGUUUCUUAGUGCCAUUCUUACUUCAACCCCAUUGGUCUUGCCUCCUUUUGAAGAGUUUAAGGCGAAUCCAUAUUAUAUUGUUGACUUUCUAAAGGCCUAUUGUAUUUCAAGGCUUACUGCUGUUCCUUCACUUAUGAGAAGUAUUCUCCCUGCGAUGCACGGUCCUUCUGUUAUCCAGGUCCAAAGGUCCUUAAAAUUGUUGAUACUUAGUGGAGAAGUUCUAUCAAUAUCUUUGUGGGAUAUGCUUCAGAAGUUAUUUCCAGAUACUAAUAUCUUGAAUUUGUAUGGAAGUACAGAGGUAUCUGGAGACUGCACAUAUUUUGAUUGCAAAAAGUUGCCAACAAUUCUGGAGACAGAGGAACUGAAUAGUGUGCCAAUUGGAGUACCUAUUCCUAACUGUGAUGUAGCACUUGUUCAAGAAUUGAAUGCUUCCCGUGAAGGAGAAAUAUAUGUUAGUGGUCACUGUAUGUCCAUGGGGUACCUCCUUAAUUCUACUUUUAUGACUUCAGACCAUGUAGAGUUGCCUCAGAACUCCAUUCUAAUUGGUCCUUCCAUCAAGAACCCUGGAACUCAAUUAUAUUUUAAAACUGGUGAUAUUGCAAGGCAGCUUCCAACUGGUGAUUUGGUUUUCUUGGGAAGAAGGGAUCGUAUUGUGAAAAUCAAUGGGCAACGUGUUGCUUUAGAGGAGAUUGAAAAUACCUUGAGGGAUCAUCCUGAUGUGGUUGAUGCUGCUGUAAUACAUCAUAAAUUUCAAGGUGAAAUUGGUUACCUUGUAGCUUACUUAGUAUCCAACAGGACAGAUGAAUUCUUUAAACUUUUGAUCUCUUCUGUUAGAAGUUGGUUGACAAGAAAGCUACCACCAGUUAUGAUCCCCCAACAUUAUUUAUGUAUUGACUCACUGCCUAUAUCUUCCACGGGGAAAAUAGAUUAUGCUAUUCUGGAAGGAUCAGAAUUUCUUGGGCAAGAGAUCUUGAAUGAUACUGAUGAUUCUGAAUCUGUUAGAUGUCUUAAGCAAACUAUUAAACAGGCUUUCUGUGAGGCCUUGAUGGUUGAAAAGGUAAUGGACAAUGAUGAUUUCUUCAUGAUGGGUGGCAAUUCAAUUACUGCAGCACAAGUUGCUCAUACGCUGGGAAUUGAUAUGAGGUUGUUAUAUGUCUUUCCAAGCCCAUCGAAGCUUCAAUAUGUUAUUGUAGAGAGGGAAAGGCUGUAUAAGGAUGAUAUGAGCAUUAGCCAUGAUUGGGAAGAAAAUUCAAAAGCACAAAAGCAUAGCUUUCUUCAGUCAUUUGAUUCAUCUAUCUCUGGUCCCUCCAUCUCUAAGUCACCUGAAAGGCCAUUGCAAGUUCUUUCUGGACAUAACGACAGUUCUGUUAGUUCUAAAUAUUUGAAAGUGGAUUCAUUAAAUUCAAGUAUCCUUUCAGAGAAGAGAUGCUCAUGGAUUUCCAACCUUGAUGUAUCCACAGCAUGUUCAUUCAGCCGUUGUAACAUGGUGAUGCCUGAAGGGGAAUAUGAAGUUAAGGAUCAGUGUCAAGCAAGCUGGUCAGUUGAGAUCCCAAGAAAUGGAAAGGGGUAUUUGCAUGAACUGUGGCGAGUUCAUCUGGAAUCUUGUGUUGAUGCGUCACCACUAGUUGUUAUCCAUGGUGGCCAUAUGUACUUAUUUAUUGGAUCUCACUCACAUAUAUUUGUCUGUGUUGAUGCCAUGAGUGGUUCUGUCCAAUGGAAGGUCAAAUUAGAAGGAAGGGUUGAAUGCUCAGCAGUAAUUGUUGGUGAUUUUACUCAGAUUGCAGUUGGAUGCUACAAAGGGAAAAUCUAUUUUCUUGAUUUUAUGACUGGCAAUUUCUCUUGGAUCUUUCAAACUGGUGGUGAGGUUAAGUCGCAGCCAGUAGUGGACAAACGCAGGAACCUCAUUUGGUGUGGAUCUCAUGAUCAUAAUAUUUAUGCUCUGGAUUACAAAAAUCACUGCUGCAUUUUUAAGAUCUCAUGUGGUGGGAGUGUAUUUGGGUCACCUUCCAUUGAUAUGGUCCGUGACAUGCUUUAUGUGGCUUCUACUAGUGGGCGUUUGACAGCCAUAUCGGUAAAGGCUCUACCAUUCAGUACCAUGUGGCUGAAGGAGUUGGGGACUCCAGUUUUUGGUUCUCUUUCUGUCAGUUGUCGCAGUGGCAAUGUGAUAUGUUGCUUGGUUGAUGGACAUGUAAUUUCAUUGAACUCAAGUGGGUCCGUCAUCUGGAAGGUAAAAACAGGUGGUCCAAUUUUUUCUGCACCUUGUAUGUCUUAUGUUCUUCCUUCUCAGAUCCUUGUAUGUUCUAGAAAUGGAAGUGUGUACUCAUUUGAACUGGAAGUGGGAGAGUUAUUGUGGGAAUACAAUAUUGGGGAGCCAAUAACUUCAUCUGCAUAUGUAGAUGAGAACUUGCAGCUAUGUAAUCGUUCUCGUCUAGCUGACAGGUUGGCAUGCAUUUGUGGUAGUUCAGGAAGCAUCUAUUUGCUUCAGAUCAACUUGAAUGUUAUUACAGAAAGAAACCAAUCAGCAAAAGACCAUUUGGGCCCAAUGGUACAGGAAUAUGCAAAGGUGAACCUCAAUGGAGACAUUUUCUCAUCACCUGUGAUGAUUGGAGGCCAAAUAUUUGUUGGUUGCAGAGAUGAUUAUGUACAUUGUAUUGCUGUGGAGGCAAAGAUUUCAGCAAGAAUAGUUGGUAGCUAAAAUGGAUCAUUCUUCAGCAA